UUAAAUACACCCCCUAACCUUCACUUCUCCUCUAACGUUAAAGAAAAUCCGAGAAAGAACGAUGGAGAAAUCUGGGUAUGGCCGUGAUGGGAUUUACAGAUCCUUAAGGCCGCCACUGGUGCUCCCCAAAGACCCCAACCUCUCUAUGGUCUCAUUUCUCUUCAGAAACAUUUCUUCUUUUCCUGAUAAACCUGCACUCAUUGAUUUUCACACCGGCCAAACCUUAACUUUCAUCGAAUUCAAAUCCGUAGUUUCCAAGGUUUCUUAUGGUCUCCUCCAAUUGGGAAUCAAGAAAAAAGACGUGGUUCUCAUUUACUCCCCUAAUUCAAUCCAGUUCCCAAUUUGUGUUUUUGGAAUCGUCGGGAUAGGAGCCAUUGCCACCACUGUGAAUCCCAUUUACACUGUUUCAGAACUAUCCAAACAGGUCCAUGAUUGCAAGCCUAAGGUUAUCAUCACCGUCCAAGAAUUAUUGCCAAAAGUGAAAGAUUUUAAUCUGCCAGUUAUUCUAUUGGGCACAGAUAAAAAGCCAUUAGAACCCAUUGGAAAGAUUCCUAGUAUCAAAUUAUUUACUGAACUAGUAAAUAAUGAAGGGUCAGUGGAUUUGGAUAAUAGGAUUAAGCAAAAUGAUACGGCGGUAUUGCUGUACUCAUCAGGAACCACUGGCACAAGCAAGGGCGUAAUACUUAGUCAUAGGAAUUUCAUCGCUGCGUCUCUAAUGGUUACUGCUGAUCAAGAGUGGGCUGGAGAAAUAAACAAUGUGUUUUUGUGUGUUCUGCCAAUGUUUCAUGUAUUUGGGCUGGCAGUAAUCAUGUAUUCACAGCUGCAGCGUGGCAAUUCGGUUGUGUCAAUGGCAAAAUUCGAUUUCGAAAUGAUUUUGAAGGCAAUUGAAAAAUAUAAGGUGACACAUCUCUGGGUUGUGCCACCAAUUAUGCUGGCAUUGGCAAAAAAUAGUGUGAUCAAGAAGUAUGAUUUGUCCUCUUUAAAGCAGAUUGGGUCCGGCGCUGCCCCUCUUGGGACUGACUUGAUGAAAGAAUGUGCUAAGAAUUUCCCUCAGGCUAUCGUUUUGCAGGUAAAAUUUUUAAGCCAAUUCUUCUUUUCAUUUGGUUCAGGUUAUUUCAACAAUCCACAGGCCACUAGACUCACUAUAGAUAAACAGGGAUGGGUACAUACUGGAGAUAUUGGAUACUUUGAUGAAGACGGUCAACUAUAUGUCGUGGACCGUAUAAAAGAACUCAUCAAGUACAAAGGUUUUCAGGUAAGUUACUCUUAAGAAAUGAUUAGUGCAUAGCUAUUUUUAUAACCUACACCCACUUACAAAUGCUGAUACUUGUAAGCUAUGUUGAUUCAAUUAUACACCCUUGCUCUGAUUUUCUUUCUGGCCUUGCUCUUCUUAUUCAGCAUUCAAGACUACUUGGUGAAAUUUGUAACUUUAAUCUAUUAUGAUAUUGGUUGAUGAUCAAA